GCUGCAGGAAGUUACAGCUGCAGAACAGCCGCCCCCGGAGAGGAGCUGCUUCCCGGGAGAGCGAUGGGAGGAGGCGGCUGAGCAGCACACGCUCCCCCCCGCGGGCCUGACGGGCGGCAGGAGCACAGGGAGCCGUGGGCUCAGCCUCCCGGCGAGGAGUCCUGCUGGAGGAUGUCGGGGGCUGCGAGCGCAACCCGUGUUCCUGAAGGACCACCCUGCCGAGCUGGGGCGGCAGCCUGAGUCAGCGCCGGCACAGCCGGUUCUGCCGGACAGGACCGUACCGGGGCUGCUGCGCCACGUCCCUGCGGAGCAAAGCCGGCAACCCCGUCCUGCUCGGCUCUGCAGAGCCGGGCGUUUGUGGGGCAGCUGCCUGAGCGCCGCGGCGCUGCUGAGCCCAUCUUGUCCGCCUCUGGAGACGGGCGCUUUGCCUGGGAAAAAUCACCCUGUGCCUGGCUGGACCCGGUGCAGCCCCGAGGGGACCAGCUGAGUCCCCGCCGCCCCUGCCAACCUGUACUGCUGGCUGCAGCCUCCCCGGCUGCUUUAAAUGGGAGGAGGCCGAGCUCAAUAUCCCUGUGUGCUGCAGCCGCCUCGGCUUGGCAGGCCCGGUGAGAGGGCUCAGCGGCUGCCAAGGACACGGCAAGGGCUGCCUGCCGGGGAACGGUGCUCCUCGGCAGGGCCAGCCACCACAGGGCAGCCCCGGGGCACGCUGGUGCUGGACUGGACUGGGGGAAGCCACCAUGCACGUGGAUCAGCUUUAUUUUCUCCCUUUCUGAAGCCUCCCCCCUGCCCCCCGCUGUUUCCUCUCUCCCGGCUGCAGCUCCUGGUUUUACCAUAUUUCGUGGCAGUUUGGGGAGGACGGUUGGUUUAUUCUAACAUAAUGGCCCAAAAUUUCAAGCCCAGAAGCCUGCCCUCUCCCCAGCACUUUUGUUCUCUGUGUUAUGAUAGUUGUUAUAGAUACACCAUUACAGUCAAGUCUAGGUUAGUGACUUUCAGCUGCUAACAGGGAAGAGAUCAUCCCCUGCCCCUUGUGCCUGCAGUGAAUUAGGUGGCUGGUCCCAACAGAGGCUGGGGUGGGUGGGGGUGGGUUUGAAAGCCAGCAGGAUUGUCUGUCAGGGUGAGGACCUCCUCAGGGCCCUGCUUUGCUGCUGUCUUGGCUGCAACUCCCUGGUGAUGCCCAGGUAGGUAUGUAAAAGGUGCUAGAUGGGGAGUCUGAGGCAACAUGUGCUUCUGUCAGCUCAGCUGUGCUCCAGCUGCCCUGCCAUCCGGCUCACUGCUGCUCCCCAUGGCUGGUGGGUUUGUGGGGCCGGAUGUGGGAGCAGGUCGUUCCUGAUCCAGGCAUCCCUGGGCUGGGGUGAGGGUAGGUACAGCCUCAGGCUGCAAAGCUGGGCUGGAGCAGGGAACUGGCAGGUCCGGGCACGCAGCCUGCCUCAUGGGCUGUCCCCUCUCUUUAAGGCAGAGGAUGUCGCGGGCCAUGCAGUGCCAGAGCUGCCUGCCCUUGGGCAGCUGGAUGCAGCUGCGUCGAUCCCUGCCAGGGAGCAGGGGGACCCGGAGUGUGUAUCUGUGUGCUGCUUCAGUGCCAGGCACUUCAGGCAGUUACUUCCUCAGGAAGAGCCUUCACAUAAGUGGUAUCUCCCUCCCCAGGGGCUGUGUUAGCUACCAGGGAGGGUCCCAGGAGCGUUCUGUCCAGCCCAGCUCCUCUCGCCACGGCCUGUCCCACCUGAGGAAUGUGGCCUCUUCUGAUGCCAUCAAGAAACACCAGAAGAGCCUGUCUGCAUGGUUCAGCCACCAGCCCAAUGAAGAGAGGCAGUUCGGCCCUUCCUUCUCACUGGAUGCAGUUCAUGUGGACCCAGUGAUCCGAGAGAGCUCCCUGGAGGAGAUCCUGAAGCCCUCGCCCGACCUAACCAUCCAGAACCAGCUCCAGCAGCCCCGCAGACAGGUUAUCAGCCUCCAGAACCUUUUUGAUGUGGAUGCCUGUGGGCGGCAGGUGAAGAACGUGGUGCUUUAUGGCACCGUGGGCACAGGGAAGAGCACCCUCAUCAAGAAGAUGGUGGUGGACUGGUGCCACGGUCGCCUACCCCGCUUUGAGCUGGUCAUCCCCUUCUCCUGUGAGGAUCUGUCCCAUAGUCAUGCCUCCAUCUCCCUGCGGCGCCUCAUAACCAAGAAGUACCAGCACCUCCGGGAUGUGGUGCCGAUGCUGGGUGCUUCCAACCUCAAGGUACUUUUCAUCCUCAACGGCCUGGAGCGCCUCAACUUGGACUUCCGGCUGGCUGGCACCGAGCUGUGCUGUGACCCCAAUGAGCCUGUGCCUCCCUCUGCCAUCGUAGUCAACUUGCUGCGAAAAUACCUCCUGCCAGAGGCCAGCAUCAUCGUCACCACGCGCCCAUCGGCGGUGCGCCGGAUCCCUGGUAAAUAUGUGGGCCGCUACGCUGAGAUCUGUGGCUUCUCUGACACCAACCUGCAGAAACUGUACUUCCAGAUGCGUCUCAGCCAGCCUGGCUGCAGUGGAGAGGACAGUGUGGGUAGCAGCUCAGGUGAGCAGGAAAACUUGGUGGAGAUGUUGUCGAGGAACUUGGAGCGCCACAACCAAAUAGCCGCUGCCUGCUUCUUGCCCUCUUACUGCUGGCUGGUGUGCACCACACUGCACUUCCUCUACUUCACUAGGACAGUGCCUCCCAGCCAGACCCUGACUGGCAUCUAUACCAGCUUCCUGAGGCUGAACUUCAGCGGGGAGGUGCUGGACAGCACUGACCCCACCAACAUCUCCAUGAUGAAGUAUGUGGCCAAGAUGGUGGGUAAGCUAGCCUAUGAAGGGGUGAUGUCCCGCAAGACCUGCUUCUCAGAGGAUGACCUGCAGCAGUGCUUUGAGGUGGAGAUGAAGACUGAAAGUGAGCUCAACCUUCUGGAGGUCUUCCGCAGCGACGUCUUCCGUUUCUUCCUCACUCCAUGUGUGCAGCCAGGCAAAGAACACACCUUUGUCUUCACCAUCCCUGCUAUGCAAGAGUAUCUGGCAGCCCUGUAUGUGGUGCUGGGUGAGAAGAAGACCCUGGCACAGAAAGUGGGGAAGGAACUGUCAGAGAUCAUUGGGAAGGUGAGUGAAGAUGUCGCUGUCGUUCUCAGUAUCAUCUCUAAGGUGCUGCCCUUGCGCUUCCUGCCAGUGCUCUUCAACCUGCUCAAAAUAUUCCCUCGCUACUUCUCCCGGCUGAGCGGUAAGGACCGGGAUGCUAUUGCCCACACCAUGGCAGAGGAGCUAUUCAAAGAGGAGGACUACUACAACGAUGAUGUCUUGGACCAGAUCAAUUCCAGCAUCCUGGGUGUGGAGGGCCCCAUGCGCCACCCUGACGAGGCCCCUGAUGAUGAGGUCUUUGAGCUCUUCCCCAUCUUCAUGGGUGGGAUACUGUCCCGCCGUAACCGCGCCAUCCUGGAGCAGCUGGGCUGCUCUAUAAAGAACCUGGCAGCCUUUGAGAUCGCCAAGGCCAUGAAGAAGACAGUCAUCAGGAACAGCCGCAAGGGGCUGCCGCCGUCCGAGCUGAUGGACUACCUCUUCUUCCUGCAUGAAUUCCAGAAUGAGCGCUUCACAGCUGAGGCCAUCCGCUCUCUCCGGACAGUCAACCUCUCAUCUGUCAAGAUGACCCCUCUGAAGUGCUCUGUGCUGGCAUCUGUUAUGGGCACCACAUGCCACGAGGUGGAGGAGCUGAACCUGUCCUCCUGCAACCUUGACACGAGCAGCUUGAGGAUCCUCUUCCCUGUCCUGCUGCGCUGCAAAGCUCUCCACCUGCAGCUCAACAGCCUGGGCUCUGACGCCUGCAAGGAAAUCCGUGACCUGCUCCUGCAUGACAAGUGUGUGGUGAGCAACCUGCGGCUGGGAAACAACCCCGUGGGUGAGCAGGGCGCACAAUACCUGGCUGAGGCACUGGCAGGCAACCACUCGCUGACCUAUUUGUCCCUGCUGCACACUGCACUGGGGGACCGGGGUGCCGAAGUGAUUGCUCAGCACCUGGCCAAGAACCAGCACCUCCAGGAGCUCAACCUGGGCUACAACUCCCUGACUGACACAGCCGCCCUGCAUGUGGUGGAGGUGGCCAAAAAGCACACAACGCUGGACAAAGUGCAUCUGUACUUCAAUGACAUCAGUGAGGACGGCAAGCAGGCACUUCACAGCCUGCGCAUGGACCGGGAUGGCGUUAGAGCGCUAGUCUUCCUUACAGCAGGCACCGACGUCUCUGAAUACUGGUCCAACAUCCUGAACGUGGUGCAGAAGAACCUGCCUUUCUGGGACCGUGAGCGGGUUCGGCAGCACCUUGCCCUGAUCCUCCAGGAUCUGGAGAGCAGCCGGAGACAGACUGCCAACCCCUGGAGGAAAGCCAAGUUCCUACGAGUUGAGAAUGAGGUCAAGAAGAUGCUGGGGAAACUGCAGUAUGGGACCCUCUAACCUGCUGUUCAUCCACCCAGCCAGGGAGGGAGCAGUGCUGCUGGGGAGGAAACACUGGAAUGUGCCCAGGCAGCACAUCCCCUGCGCCCUUAUCCACGUGGAGAUGCCUAGUGGUCAGGUGCUACCAAGGCUGUCAAAGGUGCUGUGUAUGUGUGGCUCAGCCCUCAUCUGCGGGCAAGGCUGAAGUGUGGGAGAACUGUACAGAGACCAGUCCAGGAGCAAACAGGACUUGUCCUUCUGGGCUUGUAGAGACCCAGCCCCUGCACCCUGGCUACUGCUGGCCCAUCCACAAGUCACAGCAGCGGCAGAGGGGCAGGACUCAGGCUUGCUUGUGAAACCUUUGGUGGCAUUAAAGUGCACCACUUUGUUUCCACUGAA